CUGCUGUGUGUGUGAGUUCGGUGACAUCAACAAGACACGCAGAUCCGUGUUCUCUGGGGGGGACUGACAUUAACUCACACAUAAUCAAGACCCUUGGGACAUCGCACACCUCUUUUAGACAGCAGAGGGGAAGAGCGUCGCUGCUGCUCAGGGAUCUGGUGUAUAUUUACAGCCGUUUUCCAGCAGGUGUUACUGAAGGAUCUAUCACAGACUAUCAGCAGGGUUCAUGAAACUUUGCUACGAUUUGCGAGCUGGGGCUGCCAUACAUAAUGUUAAGGUAAAGCCUAAAGCAGCUGUGUUGAACAUGCUAAAGCGACUGGACAAAAUAAGAUUCCGUGGUCCAAAGCGAGAUGACUUCCUGGAUCUACCCGAGUCCCCCACGGGAUCGGACACUGAAUGUAGUGAUGACAUACUGCUGAGACCUCGACCUUCAAUACGAGACAGUGACGAGCAGAGAGACCCUGCUGGUUUGGGGACUUUGUCUGUCAUGCAAGACCUGAGGAGCGAAUCGGAACGUCUCAAUGAGGUCAAGGGUCAUUUGGAAAUUGCCUUACUGGAGAAACACUUCCUACAGGAGGAACUGCGGAAGCUCCGAGAAGAAACCAAUGUGGAGACCCUUAAGCAGGAGUUGGAGAGAGAACGCAGCAGAAGACUUGACCUGGAACAGAAGAUGAGUGAUGUGCUGAAGACCAGGUGUGAAGAUUCUCCACCUCAGCCUCCACGGAAGCAGCAGCCACCUGCAGCUAACGGCACAGACAAACAGCAGAAAGAGACGAUGUGUUCGCGGCUGCAGAGCUGGCUGUAUGAUCGGUUCGGGGUUUAUAUAGAGGAUUUUCGCUUCCAGCCUGAGGAGAACACGGUUGAGGCUGAGGAGCCACUAAGUGCUAAAAGAUUAACAGAAAAUAUGCGACGACUUAAAUGGAGUGCCAGACCAGUGACAAAUUUCUUACGGAAUCUUUCCGCCUUAUCCAACUGGCACUCAGUAUAUACAUCAGCGAUUGCCUUCAUUAUUUAUAUGAAUGCAGCAUGGCAUGGCUGGGCUAUUCCUUUGUUUCUAUUCUUAGCCAUUCUGAGGUUGUCAUUGAACUACCUCAUAGCCAGAGGAUGGAGAAUUCAGUGGAGUAUUGUGCCUGAAGUUUCUGAGCCUGUGGAACCUUCAAAGGAAGAUCUAACUGUGUCUGAAAAGUUUCAGUUGGUUCUCGAUGUUGCACAAAAAGCACAGAAUCUUUUUGGUAAGAUGGCAGAUGUUUUGGAGAAAAUCAAAAAUUUGUUCAUGUGGGUUCAGCCUGAGAUCACUCAGAAAUUGUACAUCGCUCUGUGGGUGGCCUUCAUCUCCUCUUGCGUCCUUCCCUACAAGCUGAUGGGUUUCAUGUUUGGGCUUUACGCGGGCAUCAAGUUCUUUAUUAUAGACUUCCUGUUUAAGAGCUGCCCAAAACUCCGAGACAAAUACGACACUCCGUAUAUCAUGUGGAACAGCCUGCCCACCGACCCUCAGCUGAAAGAACGCAGCAAUGCCACUGUGUCACGACGGCUGUCUGGGUGUGAGAAGAUCCAGCCGGUGGUAUCACGGAGUAGUUUAGCUACCAUCCCGGCCGGAGUGACCCGAGAGGAAGAGAGUGGCCGUUCCCACAGCACAAAGAAAGGAGCAUUCCAUGAGAUCUUCAACCUACCUGAGAAUGAGAGACCUCUGCCCGUAUGUGAGAAUGGUUGGAGAUGCUGUCUGAUAAACAGAGAUAGGAAAAUUCCAACUGACUACAUUCGCAAUGGGAUGCUCUAUGUCACUGAGAACUACCUGUGUUUUGAGAGCUCCAGCUCAAGAUCAGGGUCUUCAAAGAAGAACAAAGUCAUCAAACUGGAGGACAUCACAGACAUCCAGAAGUACAAAGUUUUAUCAGUUCUGCCUGGGUCUGGAAUGGGCAUUUCUAUUGCCACUCCGUCAACACAGAAGCCACUGGUCUUUGGUGCCAUGAUACACAGAGACGAGGCCUUUGAGACAAUUUUUACCCGGUACAUGAAGAUCAUGACCACAGCCAACCCUGAGACGUAACUCACCCUUUAUCCUUCUGGAGGAUAUCUCAUUUGGAGACCAGUGUGUCCUGUCUAAUGAACUUUAAAUGACUGUAAUUUGUACGAUUGUGGGCAUCUGAUAUCACUAGCAGGAUAUUCGGUGAGACAUUCUGACAUUCCAGCGAGGGUUUCUGCAUCUCAAAGCAGAGACUUUUCCAACCUGAGGGAUGCGGGUGGCCUCUCGUCAUGUGACUGUGACCUUUUUGGCUUUUUAAAGAAAAGCACACUAAUCGGUGUACAGAUUUAUGUUUUGUACUCGUCUCUCAGUGAUUCAGAUUUCAUCUCUGGUUUUAUCCAGGAAGAUGUUACAGGAAGGUUUUGUUAAGGAAGCCGAUCACACAGUACGGUCUUUAACAUUUUAGACACUGCAUAAAAAAAGUCUUAAUCAGUAUUUUUGUUUAAAAGACAAUUUACCACAAUUUGUUAGGUUAAACGAAUCAAAAGCUUAAUUUAAGAUAUGUUUCUCUGAAACCAAGUAAUUUCCUUCUCAAUUAAAUUUGUCUAAUUUUGAUAUUUUAUACUGGAAAAUAAGACAAAAAUACUGAUUAAUAUGAAAUGUAAUUUUGCAGUAAUUGCAUUAUAAGGCGUGUUCACACUUAUAGUGUUUUGCAGCAACAAAUUGACGGGAAGUUAAUCAUUUUUAAUCAGAUUUUGAGCAAUUUGAGGCAACAUAAAGUUAUAGUUCAUGUCUCGUGCACUGUAUUCGAUCUUGACCUUUGCAGCUCUUACAUUUAAUUUGUACUAGUAGUCAGCUGGGGGGAAAAAACCCUACUUUUCUUUUUUUAAUUAUUUUUUUAUUCAGGUCAGUUAUAAAGUUAAACUUUGUGCACUGUCAUUUUGCAGCGGUCACUGUUCGAGUUGCCAGAAAUCAAAAACUUUCAUUGAAAAUGGAUGUAAAUGAACUUUGUCACUGCAAAUCACUAUCAGUGCAAAUGACCUUUAAGAGUGAUAAACAAAGCCUUUUUUUAACGUGUUUACAUUGUUGCUGUGUGUGCAAAACACACUUAAAACUCACUUAAAUCUCACCUCUCAGCGAAGUGUGCUUCAUGUGUUUUUAGCAGAAUAUCUUCCCAAAUUGGACUUUGGGAAAGUGUCGUUUCAAAUGAUUUAAAAUGCCUUUCUUCUAAAUUGUAAUGUCAUAAUGCCGUAGCAGUCAGCAGAUUCAUUUCUCAUCUAUUGAUUUGCUUAUCUUUGAUUACGCUAAUUAGAUAUGAAGGGUGUCAAACUCAGAAACGCACAUUUGGUUGCACUUUAUUUUGCAGUAGUAUACUUAUACUUGUGUACUUACACAAGAAAGUACUGAAUAAUAUAAGGUAACUACUUGGACUUAAUAUGGGUUAAAUUUAGGUUUAGGGUUAGUACCUAGUUACUUAUAGUAAGGACAUAGUACAUACAUGCACAGUAGAACUGUAAAAUAAAGUGCUACUGAACAUUUUUACCAAGUAUUUCAUGUAUGUAUGUCUUACAGACGAGCAGCAGUUACUUGUUAAUGUUUUGUCAUGUUAAACUGUUACUAAAUUAAGUUAAAUUCAGUACAGAAAGUCUUCAUUCACGCAUUCACAAAGCGACUCUAAACUCAUCUUGAUGACAAUCUUUACGCUAUUUAGAGCAAUCUUUGGUUGAAUCUCACUGAGAAAUAUCCAGAUCAUAUUUGACCACAAAAUCAAAAGAAUGCAUAGUUACGACAAUGAAAAAAA